AUGACAUUGAGCUGUAUGGUAUUUCUCAUGGGCGCCGCACCCCUUCCCUCUUAGCUCGUGCCGUCACAGGUACUAUGUAAUUUACUCAUAUCUUAAAGGUCCAGUGCAGUCAAAAAUGAGAUUUUCCUGUAUUUUAUAUAUAUUUCCACACAAUGAGGUUGGAAAAAUACAGUGAAAUUGUGAAAAUUAUGAUAAUGCCCUUUUAGUGUAAGAGCUGUUUGAAAAGAUCGCCUGAAAUUUCUGCCUGAUUUGGUGGGAUGGAGUUUUGGCCUUCCAUGGUGGCAUCACCAUGCGAUAAACCAGUGGGGGGGAAGAAUCUUCAUACAUUUUUAAUACACACAUGACAGACAAAUCACUACAUUGCCCUUUGCUAAGAAGGUAUUUUUGAUUAUUUUGACCAUUUUAAUUGAAAACAAUCACAGUAAGGUACUUUUUUGUUACCCAGAAAUGAUUUGAUAUGACCUUUAACACUUAUUUUGAAACACUGUCAGGGUGGAAAUGUGUGUCCCAGUAGCAAAAUAAUUGAUCAUGAUCUCUCCAGGGACAAACCCAAGUUUAAGCAGGAUUAAUUUGCAAGUUUUGAAUACAGUGUUCCAGUGAACAUUACAAAAAGGUCUGUCUGGACACAAUAUUCUUGGAUGAGAAUCUUCACUUUAGUGUUUCAACUCCCUCUUGUCUGCAUGACAUUCUACAGUUGUUAUUAUGAAUUUAGCACCCAUUUAUAAACAUGAUAUCAAUCUAUUACGUUAUGUGCAUGACUAGAUUCUGCUAAUUGAAUUGGGGUUAGCUUUGCAAUCAUUGUGCAGAUCAACCACCAUAUUUAUUCUACCCAUGUCUUAUCCUUCCCCUACGCGACCCUAACCACCCCACCCCCCAAAAAACGGACUAUUUCGGCGAUCCCCUCAUUCGGCUUCCGUGUGUCCUGGGAGGCGCAUAAUCCUUGACAAAAGGAAGGGGCUCCCUCUACUGGUGGCUUCAGCCACUUUCACAUAGUGCUGUCAGACAGGCUGGCUACUGGAGGCCCAGGAGUUCACUGUUCCUGGCAAGCAGAGCUUCCUGGACAUCUGGGGCCUGAUCACUGGCAUAGGCUAUGAGGUCAGGCUGACUGGGGUGUCCAGUUCUGGGCUGGUCUCCCGCCCACUGACCACAGCGGCUGUGACUGGUACCACCCACAGAGGCGUCAUGGCCAUUGAAAAUUAGGGGUCAUGAGCACCCUUCCAAUUUGAUCAAUUUGUAGGAUAAAAGGUAAACAAGUUAUAGAUUAUUUUACGCACAAUUCAUUCAAAUACAUUGAAUUUGGCCAUCAGUGCCCCCUCAAAAAACAAGGUGCUCUGGCCACACUACACACUGUAGGCCGAAUUAUGAGAUACACACAAGUAACACAACUAACUUGAAGAGAUAGUUCACCCAAAUUACAAAAGGACACAUGGUUUUGCAUUUGUGGCUCAAAUCCCAUUCAAGUCAUUGGACCAAUAUUAGCAUUUUUCGCCCAUCAUGUGUGACUUUGGUGAGAUUCACAAUCAAUUUUAGAUACUUUCGGAUUAUUUGGACAUGAUGCGCGAAAAAUGCUGAUAUCGGUCCCAUGACUUGAAUGGGAUUUGUGCCACAAAUGUUAAAACAUUAUCAUUUGCAAACCGUGCCAGGAAAACUAAACCAAAGCAUGGAUUGCUGUUAUACCUUACAGGGUAAGGAAACCAGUACAGUAUGUAAUUUUGUAAUUUGGGUGAACUAUCUCUUUAGGAUUCGGCUCUGUACAAACGUGCUUCUCCAUCACAGUGAGGUGUCAUUGGGACAGCUUGUGGGAUCAGUCACCAUUCAGUUGAAGUGAAAACACAGGUGUACUUUACUUAGCCUACUGUUUUGAUGCUGGUGACAAUUAAGCCAUUAGACUUAAUUUACUUAUUCAAUGGGGCGCUCGAUUCCCAACUUGUACUUUUACUGUAGGCCUAUAACAAAAGAACAGUAGCCUUUACACUGUAAUCUUCUGAGAAAGGAUGAGAAAUGGAUGGCAUAAAUGCCUUGCUUUGGUGGAGAAGCCUCAACACACAACCCAACUACCUCCAACAUUUCUCAUCCUUUUCCAGAGUGAUCUGAGUACUCUUAAUCUCUUCUUCAUCCUUUUGUCUGUUUGUCUGUUUGAAGCUUAAUGGUUACAGUGAAGCAGUGGUGCUCAGCUUUUUCCUCUCUCCAAAAUAUGAAAAUGUGUUUUCAUAUUUUAAACUGUGUUUUCCCUCAGAUACAUCAUAAUGUGACACUGAAACUUACGGUGUAAAGGAUGCCGUUUUCAGUCGACACAUCACUGUCAUAUCACUAAGAAUUGUUUGACAUAAUCAAGCAAUAUCUAAGUUUCACCUGUAAAUAUUAGACUGAUAAGGCAUUAACAAAACCAGUCUUUGUUUCCAGUUGAAAAGGUCAGAGGAUGGUUAGGACUUAGCUAGCAGAUUGUAAAGGGCUAAUGUGACGCUCGAUUAGCAUUACAGGUUAGGUACUGUUUGGUGUAGCCAGGCCCCAGGGUCCUGUCUGGAGCGUGAAGUCACAAGCUCUGCUUGUUGGCUACUGCAUAGAAACCUAGUGGUGCCAAAAGCCCUGGUCUGCCCUAGAAAGCCUAUGUAAAUUACGAUCGUUAUUCAGGAGUGUGAUUGGACGCCAAUUAUCAAUAAUUAAGAGAUCCUUGUGUGGUUUAGGUAUAAGAGUUUAAAAAACUUGCUUCAGAGAGGCAGGUAGUUCUCCCUUCAUUACAGCCUCCUUAAAUGUUUCAAGUAAAAAUUGUGUUAUUUCUUCAGAGACGGUUUUGUAAAAUUCAGAGGUUAAUCCAUCCCUGGAGAUUUGUUAUUUUUUUAUUGAGCGAUCCCAUAUUGGAUGUCCAUAAUAGAUAAAUCUUGACAACAAGACCGAUUUUAAUUCUUCACUAACCGAGUUAACAUUCUCUAUAGAAUCAAGGAGAUCCUUAGAGUCACUCAAACUUAUCUAAGGAGUAAAGAUUCUCAUAAAACUUAGUGGUAUAGUCUGAUAACAACUCUCUAUCCUCAGAGGUUACCCCAUUAAUCUUACAUUUCCGAAGUGUGUUGAGUUUCCCUCCCCUCUUUUCCAAAUUAAAAAAAGUAUCUACUGUUCUUUUCGCCUUUUUCAAGCCAUUGUUUUCUGGACCUUAUGAAGACUCCUCUAGCCUUUUCCUCAUAAAAUGUAUCUAGUUGAUUCUGUAAAUCAUUCAAUUUAGCUUUCUCAUUAAGAUCAAGAUGCUCAAUCUCUGUGAUAUCAGUAAUUUUCUUAGAGAGCUCAGCUACCUCAUCUCCUUCUUAAAGCAAGCCGAUUCCCAUAAGUAAUACAGGCUGAGCGGAUUUUAAAUUUCAGCAGUUCCCAAUAUUUCCCAUAUUCUGCAUUAGAGGUAGCUCAAUUCCAGUAAAAAUAAAUUUGAUUCUUAAUCACAUUUUUUAAAUCAUCAUGCAAUAACAAUUAGUUAUUCAUUUUCCAAAAACCACCAGAGUAUUUCUUAUCAUCAUUACUGCACGUUCUUACAGUCAGCCAUAUGACUUUAUGAUCCGUCAGGACUGCAGCCAGUAUUUUUUACCUCUACAGUGUUGGGCUCAAGACCAGAGGUUAUCAGCCACAAGUCAAUUCUUGAUUGUAGUGAACGAUCUCUAUUACUCCAUGUGUACUGUUUCUCUCCAGGGUUUUUAACUCUCCAUAUGUCAAUUAAGUCCAGGCUUUGCCAGAAAUUCACCAAUUUGUUCACACCAAUGUUAGGCCUAUGGGGCAAUCUAUCAGUGUCAUUAUAAUAAACCAUAUUCAAACUAUAAAUUUGAUUGGAUGGAUAUUUUCUCAGAAGACUUUUAAGAAUUUCCUCAAUUUCCUUUAGAAGUAAGUCAUUUGGAGGACUAGAACAGUAUCCAUAUACAUUACACAACACAAAUAAUCUGUCCAUGUGGUUGAUGACCUCUACUAGCCAAUGUCUAUUGGUGUCCAUUUGAGUAAACAAAAAUGUUCCUUUGAAAUUGUGUGCUAAAAUUGCAACCCCAGCUGAAUGAUUAGUCCCGUGGGCCAAGAACAUGUCACUGCCCCACUGAUUUUUCCAAAAAUUAUAGUCCUCUUUGCAUGAAUGUGUUUCUUGAACGAAUACAAGAUCUGCGUUGCAGUCCUUACAAAACAGGUUUUGUAUCCCCCUGGCAUUGAUUGACAUAAACUUCAAGUCCAUAUAUACAAAAUAGAAAGGAAAAUCCUAUGCAAUCUCAACUCUACCCUCUCUAUAAAAAGGUGCUUCAUAAAUGUAUUAACAGAAGUCUUAACUUGUAAACCAUAACACCACAAUUCAAAACUAGAACGCUCAGUUUGUUGUGGGGGAAGGGGCUACCUUGUAAGACUACCAGCGGAGCAAAUCACCCCGGUCAAAUUUAUUUUCUGUCUGCGAAAAAGGCUCCGAUUCCCCUGUAGUAUCCACCCUUUCCUUGAUUUCGGGCCUGUUGGACGAGAGGCCACAACUUUGCCUUUGCUGCCUUGUCUGCUGCAGUCAGGUCCUCACUGAAUCUAAUUUCUCUCCUUCAGAAAGGCGCUUUCCUUUGCUUUCUUCUAAACUGCAUCUCUCACUGUGCGGAAAGCGAACUGGAUGAGGAUCGAGCGGCUGUUGAUGGCAUCUUGCUUCUUCCCAAUACGAUGAGCGACAUCCACAGCCAUGUCCAUAUAUCCAUCGGGGAAGUCCUCGGCCACACGGUUACAGAUGUCACUUACUUUGCGCUUCACAUUCUCACCCUGGUCCUCAGGGACACCGUAAAGUUGUAGCACUUUUUUUCAAAUUUUGCCUAAAAUGACAUACCGAAAUCUAACUGCCUGUAGCUCAGGACCUGAAGCAAGGAUAUGCAUAUUCUUGAUACCAUUUGAAAGGAAACACUGAAGUUUGUGGAAAUGUGAAAUGAAUGUAGGAGAAUACAACACAUUAGAUCUGGUAAAUGAUAAUACAAACAAACAAACAUGCAUUUUCUAUUAUUAUUAUUAUUAUUUAUUCCAUCAUCUUUGAAAUGCAAGAGAAAGGCCACAAUAUAAUAUUACAGUUUGGGCUAAAUUUAGAUUUUGGCCACUAGAUGGCAGCAGUGUGUGUGCAAAGUUUCAGAUUGAUCCAGUGAAGCAUUGCAAUACUGGACUAUUUUGUAUCAAGUCUGCCCAAAUGUGCCGAAUUGGUCAAUUGAUACAUUUUCAAGUACAUAACUAUAGAGAAUGUACAAAAAUGAUAUGGUAAUACAAAAUGUAAGUUUACACACUCCCAGGAAUGUCAUACAUGCUGGAUCAUUAGCUUAUACACUAACUUUCACACAUCUAGAUGGCCGGGCGGGGUGGGUGAGGAGCCAGAGACAGUAGAGGUUCAAACUGUAGAACCCAGUUCCUACAUUUGAAUAUAAAAAUGGAUUUUAUCAAACAAAACUAUGCUACAUUUUAUCUCUGGGACCCUUACGAUUACAUAUCAGAGCAAGAUUACUGAAUGUAAGUACAUUAUUUACCUUCAGAGGUGAAUGUAUCAAACCAGUUGCCGUGAUAAGUUUUUGUUGUUGUUGUGCACUCUCCUCAAACAAUAGCAUUAUAUUUUUUCGCUGUAAUAGCUACUGUAAAUUGGACAGUGCAUUUAGAUUAACAAGAAUGUAAGCUUUCUGCCCAUAUAAGACAUGUCUAUGUCCUGGAAAGUUUUCUGUUACAUACAACAGUCAUACAAAUCACAUUAGCGCAUGUUAGCUCAACCGUCCCGUUUAGAGGUUAAGGUUACUCGGAGCAAGAUAAAUUCCCCCCUCCACUCGCCGCCAUCUUCUUCGCCCCCCCAGAAAAUUGUAUAAAUGUUUUGCUCCAUGAAGUAAUCCAAGAAUGUGUACGCCGUCAUCUUGCCUAUUUCAAAUCUUCUCUCAUUGAUCGAGACAGGUGAGUAUCAUCAUGACAUGCGGCACUUUGGGGUAUGACACCCACCUGUCUUUUCUAAAUUCAAACGAACCCCAUGCAACUAGACAUGGACUUUUAGAAGACAUUGGUUGUUUUCCAAGUCAGAAAUUGAGGAAGUAUCUACAAGUUAAGGUUGGUUGAAAAUUCUCUGUGCUACGCCAAACAGUACCUAUCUCAUAAUGCCUGUCCACCAGCUUAAACAGAGUAAUGGUCUGACUAGGCAAUAUUUGUUAUAGCUAGUUAGGCCUAUGGACCAGGAAAACACAGACAAAUCAACAUGGCAUUUUCAGCAUGAAAUGUCAGUUGACGUAACCACUAAUUUGUUACAGUGGGCCUGUAAGUGGAUGUCAACUUGCUAACGGACUUCAAUAAAUGUCUCCACAACCAUGAGCGUAUCUAUUUCACCUUGACUGUGACCGCACGCGCUAAAGAUUUGAAUGCAUGGCAGAGUGAUGGCAAGUUCAUGAGAAUGUAACUAACAACUGGUAUGUCUACUCAUCUUUUUCGUCUGAUCACCGAAAGGAUGCCUUCCUCAAUUUUGCUUUCUAGUAAUUGGGUGAAUGUUUCUCGACAAAUGCGACAAAUUGAAGCGUUUUCCGUUUCAAACCAGAGGCUGAGCCAGAAGUGGAGCACAUGUUCGUCUCGGACAUCACGUCAGACAGUUUACGCCUGGCCUGGACUGCGGAUGAAGACAUGUUUGAUAGAUUUGUGAUCAAAAUUAGGGACUCCACAAAGUUUGUGCAUCCACAAUAAUUAAUUGUCCUCGGUGAUGAGCGAACCAAAAAUUUAACAGGACUCACUAGCGGCACCGAGUACGAAAUCGAGCUGUACGGUGUCACAUUGGAACGGAGCUCCCAACCAAUUACCGGUGUUGCUUGACCAGGUAUUUUAAUAGAGGACCUAUUUUCUGACAGUGGGAUCUAUCAGUGAGUGCCAAAGCACAAUGUGGUCUACAUCUCACACACCUUUUAACUGUCUGGUUUCUCUGGAAACGGGUGUCUACAAGAAACAAUAGGCUACUGUUCUUUGUUUGACUGGGUUUUCUAAUACUAUAUUUUGUUUUGACUGGUUUUAUUUUUUCAAGAGGUAUGCCUUCAGGGAAAUGUCUUAAUUGCCACUGAUCAUUCUUUGAUGUGCUAAUAGUCCUAGGCAUGUGAGCAUACUUCAGGGUUCAAGGGCCUACCAAUUGGUUUUGCAUGUCUCUUUUUCCCCAUUUGACAUUAUUUUCAGGAAUAUGGAGACACCAUCUUUUUGCAUUCGAUUUGUGGUGCUUCUUAUGCUUGGCUUUAAAUGCUGAUCAAAUUCCAUGUGUUUUGAUGCCCAUUAUAGAUUCAUUUUCAUAGCCUAUACAUUUUACUGACCACUGAACUGGUUAAAGAGUUAAAGACACAAACAUAUUAGCUUUUUUGCAGCAUGUUUGACAAAAGUUUCAUGUGUUGGUAUUCAUGCAUUGAAAUGUACUCCUUAAAUGUACUCCCCUUGAUAGCCUAUAAUAGGGAUGUAUGAUAUGCACCACUGUUGAUCUGUAGAUUGUGGGAUGCAGCGCAUGUUUCAAGCCUACUCUGGCUGGGGUGAUUGUGGUGGGCCUUUGUAUGUUUUCAGCAACUGUGUUUUCUCACUGGAAUUUCGUGUUUUUUGGGAGUUAUCAUUUUUGCAAAGUCUUUGAGUACAUUUGUGUGCUUUUCUGAUUUCUCAAUGUGCAUAUUGACACACCAUAGGCAAUAGGACUUUUGCGUCAAAUAAACUGACCUCAGUAGAAUUGAUUCCUGAUCAAAAACCAAACACAAACAGAUCAAUCUAACUUUUGUUGUUUUUGUGCUGGCCUUUUCAACCCUGACCCCUUCAACCCUGACCCCAUCACUGUGCCAGGCCUGGGUGCUCCAAGGGGCAUUCGCUUCUCUGAGGUGACCGAGUCCUCGGCCAUAGUCCACUGGACCAUGCCUCAUGACAGAGUGGACAGCUACCGCAUCAUCUAUGUGCCUCUCCAAGGAGGUGAGUGAACAGGCUUUAAUAGUGACAGUUAAGUCUACCCAUUAUAGUAAGGAUAUUGGACUGCAUUUAUAUAGUACUUUAGGCCUCAAAAGGGCUUAAUGUUGGAUGAUUUAGGAGGAAUUUUCUCUCCUCACACAAUUUUCUAAUUGGAUAAAGCACUCCCUCUAAUGGAACAUAGAGUAAUCACAAGGUUUCUUCACAAAACCACAGUAGUCUCUCCAACUGCUACCAACAGAGGGAAAGGAAAUGAUUUCCUUGAAGUGGAUUUAACAAUACAAUUGAACACAAAUUAAAUCUGUUCAUGAAAAUGUAUUGACUCUUGAGUAGAAUAAUGUAAUGCGACAAACAUACAAUAUUUUCUCUCAUCAACAGGUAGCCCAAUGACAGUGCUUGUGGAUGGGACUGAGACCAAGGCCUUGCUGCCUAACAUGUUGCCAGGGGUGACCUACCAGGUGAACAUAUUCGCUAUGAAGGGCCUGGAGGAGAGUGACCCAGGGACAGACACCAUCACCACAGGUGUGUGCGACUUCUGUUUAGCCUUCAUUUACAUCACUCUGAAUUGACCUUUUACUAAAUACAUUAAAUACAUUUACAUUAGUCACAGUGCUAUGAGGAGAAUAGACAAGUGUCUGGUCAUUUACAUAUAUAUACAUACACACAUAAACAGGUCCCCUGUAGCUCAGUUGGUAGAGCAUGGCGCUUACAACGCCAGGGUUGUGGGUUUAUUUCCCAUGGGGAGCCAGUAUGAAAAAUGUAUGCACUCACUAAUGGAUAAGAGCGUCUGCUAAAUGACUAAAAUGUCAUACAUAGACAUUAUGAGCGUUUCAUAAAUAAUUAGCUUUCAUACAUUCACACUCAGUAGCACAUAUAGUACUUCUCUACUUGUCCCAACCAGUCAAUUAUUCAAGUAAUAAGUAUGACAUCAUUGUAUAGGGGCAGUCGUAGUGCUGUUGCGGUGACCAUAUUACCGCCACACCCGCAGUCAUGAGUCAUGACUGCAGUAAAAUUCCACGUGACCAUUGCGUCACGAUAAUCUCCUUUUAUGCACUCUGGACAUGCUUUGGUAUUGAGUACCCAAUUUGCUAAUGACCAUCAGGUCCUUAUCACCUGGCACUUGGGGCUCUAUUGUCCCUCUAACCACUCUGGCAUCAAUGCAAAUGCAUUCGAAAAUCACAUCAAACACAUAUCAUCAAAACAGUAGCCCUAAAGUACUUUUAAAACUCACCUCACUGUGAUGAUCAAUUUUAAGAAAGAAGUUCAACAGCAGGUUGAAACAGUGUAAAACAUGGUUGUUGUGGAUGUUGUUUCAAAGCCUAACACAACGAAAUGGACAGCGCUUUCUAAGGUGAUGAUUAAUUCAAAACACCCAUAUGCAUAGAUUUAUGAGCCCAAGCCAGAUUAUUUUUUUACUGAAUUAAAAUGAGGAUUGUGCCAUUAUGCAAUACAUAGCCUACCGUAUAUUACGCAUGGCAGAAAAACAUAAAACAAAACUGAUUUAAGAUAUCUUUGGUACAUAAUUGGUCUAGCCUAUACUCCAAAAUUAAAGAAAUUCGAGUAAUCGCCUUUGAGUGUGGACUGUAUUAUUAUGCAUACUGUAUGGACUGGUUACCUUAUGCUAAGCUCCAAAAUGUAUAUCCAUGAGGAGAGAAUGUUUAGCCCUAGGCGAUGCUGUUGGUUCAUUGAUUGUGCAGGGCGGUUUACAGUUAACCUACAAUUAGUGAAUUUGUAUUUGAUAUUGAAUAGGGCAUUUUUUUAUAUUUUCAUAAUUCAUUAGGUGACACAAUACCGUUACAUAUAGGCCUACAGAAUAUCUCACCACCUUGCGUUUCCAUCUCCUCCUCUCUCUCCUUUACUACUUUCUCGAGCACGCAGAUGGGCUGUCAACACUUUACUGAAAUAUGUUUCGUUGCGAAAACGUGUUACUAUCGAUGUUGCCGAACAGAUUUGGUUUCCCAAAUUAAGCACGGGGUAGCUGCAGCAACAAGGUUGGAGAGCCAUGCAUGGCAUACAGAGUUGAGCGGAAUGUCACCUGUCGGGUCAGCGAGAGCAUGCUCCGCUAUAAAACCGAAGUAGACAAAACGGACCAGUGGGAAAGCGCGCAGCCUUCAUUCGCUAUUCGAGUGCAUACAGAUUACAUGUAUUUUUCCCCUGCCCCCUGUUCCUGUCCAUUUGAUAAAGGGCCAUUCUAAAUCGAAACAAAUUUAACAUAGGCUAUUAGUAAAGACGAGAUUAAAUUGAGAAUAGUCUGAGGGGUGAAAAUAUGAUAACUUGAUGAGAGAACAGCUGUGCAGCCUGUGGCAGGGAACAGAGCACAAGCUUUUUUUGCUACGUUCUCAAAUCAUCAAAUCAAAUCAAAUUUUAUUGGCCUAUAGUCGCACCAGUCGCAGACAUUCUAAGGUUUGUAUCAUUCACAACUAAAGUUGCCAAAUAACUAUAAAUCUAGCAUAUAGGACCUGUUUCAAAUGAUCACUUUUAUGUUCAACAUAGCCACUUCAUAUGCGCAGUCGCUCCAUAAUGGGAAAAAUAUAAAUGAUAUUAUUUUUACUAUAAAAUAAUAUAAAAUAAAAUAAUGGCACAGGACUUAUAAGCAUACCGUAUCUUGUCAGCUAAAUGAACACGCAUACAUCCUAUGGCAUGGAACAUAGCCAGAUACUGUAACAUAUAAAAUAAAAUGAAAUUGUAUUUGUCACAUGCACUGAAUACAACAGGUGUAGACCUUACAGUGAAAUGCUUACUUACAAGCCCUUAACCAACAACGCAGUUUUAAGAAAGAAUACCCCCAGAAAAUCACACAAACAAAUACAAUAUAAAAUAAUAGGAAAUAAAAUUAACAAAUCAUUAAAGAGCAGCAGUAAAAAUAACAAUAGCGAGGCUAUAUACAGGGGAUACUGGUACCAAGUCAAUGUGCAGGGGCACCGGUUAGUCGAGGUAAUUGAGGUAAUAUGUACAUGUAGGUAGAGUUAUUAAAGUGACUACAGCAGCGUAAAAGAGGGGGGAGGGGCAAUGCAAAUAGUCUGGGGAGCCAUUUGAUUAGAUAUUCAGGAGUCUUAUGGCUUGGGGGUAGAAGCUGUUUAGAAGCCUCUUGGACCUAGACAUGGCGCUCCGGUACCGCUUGCCGUGUGGUGGCAGAGAGAACAGUCUAUGUCUAGGGUGGCUGGAUUCUUUGACAAUUUUUAGGGCCUUCCUCUGACACCGCCUGGUAUAGAGGUCCUGGAUGGCAGGAAGCUUGGCCCCAGUUGCCAUACCAGGCAGUGACGCAACUAGUCAGGAUGCUCUCGAUGGUGCAGCUGUAGAACCUUUUGAGGAUCUGAGGACCCAUGCCAAAUCUUUUUAGUCUCCUUAGGGGGAAUAGGUUUUGUCGUGCACCACUGUCUUGGUGUGCUUGGACCAUGUUAGUUUGUUGGUGAUGUGGACACCAAGGAACUUGAAGCUCUCAACCUGCUCCACUACAGCCCCGUCGAUGAGAAUGGGGGCGUGCUCGGUCCUCUUCUUUUUCCUGUUGUCCACAAUCAUCUCCUUUGUCUCGAUCACGUUGAGGGAGAGGUUGUUGUCCUGGCACCACAAGGCCAGGUCUCUGACCUCCUCUCUAUAGGCUGUCUCAUCGUUGUUGUCGGUGAUCAGGCCUACCACUGUUGUGUCAUCGGCAAACUUAAUGAUGGUGUUGGAGUCGUGCCUGGCCAUGCAGUCAUGAGUGAACAGGGAGUACAGGAGGGGACUGAGCACACACCCCUGAGGGUCCCCCGUGUUGAGGAUCAGCGUGGCGGAUGUGUUGUUACCUACCCUUACCACCUGGGGGCGGCCCGUCAGGAAGUCUAGGAUCCAGUUGCAGACGGAGGUGUUUAGUCCCAGGGUCCGUAGCUUAGUGAUGAGCUUUGAGGGCACUAUGGUGUUGACCGCUGAGCUGUAGUCAAUGAAUAGCAUUCUCACAUAGGUGUUCCUUUUGUCCAGGUGUGAAAGGGCAGUGUGGAGCGCAAUAGAGAUUGCAUCAUCUGUGGAUCUGUUGGGGCGGUAUGCAAAUUGGAGUGGGUCUAGGGUUUCUGGGAUAAUGGUGUUAAUGUGAGCCAUGACCAGCCUUUCAAAGCACUUCAUGGCUACAGACGUGAGUGCUACGGGUUGGUAGUUAUUUAGGCAGGUUACCUUAGUGUUCUUGGGCACAGGGACUAUGGUGGUCUGCUUGAAACAUGUUGGUAUUACAGACUCAGACAGGGAGAGGUUGAAAAUGUCAGUGAAGACACUUGCCAGUUGGUCAGCGCAUGCUCAGAGUACACGUCCUGGUAAUCCGUCUGGCCCUGCGGCCUUGUGAAUGUUGACCUGUUUAAAGGUCUUACUCACAUCAGCUACGGAGAGCGUGAUCACACAGUCAUCCGGAACAGCUGAUGCUCUCAUGCAUGUUUCAGUGUUACUUGCCUCAAAGCGAGCAUAAAAGUGAUUAGCUCAUCUGGUAGGCUCAUGUCACUGGGCAUGGUUGUGCUUCCCUUUGUAGUCUGUAAUAGUUUGCAAGCCCUGCCACAUCUGACGAGCGUUGGAGCCGGUGUAGUACGAUUCGAUCUUAGUCCUGUAUUGACGCUUUGCCUGUUUGAUGGUUCGUCGGAGGGCAUAGCGGGAUUUCUUAUAAGCUUCCGGGUUAGAGUCCCGCUCCUUGAAAGUGGCAGCUCUACCCUUUAGCUCACUGCGGAUGUUGCCUGUAAUCCAUGGCUUCUGGUUGGGGUAUGUACGUACAGUCACUGUGGAGACGACGUCAUCGAUGCACUUAUUGAUGAAGCCAGUGACUGAUGUGGUGUACUCCUCAAAGCCAUCAGAAGAAUCCCGGAACAUAUUCCAGUCUGUGCUAGCAAAACAGUCCUGUAGCUUAGCAUCUGCUUCAUCUGACCACUUUUUUAAUUGACCGGGUCACUGGUGCUUCCUGCUUUAGUUUUUGCUUGUAAGCAGGAAUCAGGAGGAUAUAAUUAUGGUCAGAUUUGCCAAAUGGAGGGCGAGGGAGAGCUUUGAAUACGUCUCUGUGUGUGGAAUAAAGGUGGUCUAGAGUUUUUUUCCCUCAUUUAACAUGCUGGUAGAAAUGAGGGAAAAUGGAUUUAAGUUUACCUGCAUUAAAGUCCCCGGCCACUAGGAGUGCCACCUCUGGAUGAGUGUUUUCCUGUUUUCUUAUGGCUGUAUACAGUUCAUUGAGUGCGGUCUUAGUGCCAGCAUCGGUUUGUGGUGGUAAAUAGAUAGCUACGAAGAAUAUAGAUGAAAACUCUCUUGGUAGAUAGUGUGGUCUACAGCUUAUCAUGAGAUACUCUACCUCAGGCGAGCAAAACCUUGAGACUUCCUUAGAUAUCGUGGACCAGCUGUUGUUUACUAAUAUACAUAGACCGCCACCCCUUGUCUUACCAAAGGCUGCUGUUCUAUCCUGCCGAUACACUGUAUAACCCGCCAGCUCUAUGUUAUUCAUGUCUUCGUUCAGCCACGACUCGGUGAAACAGAAGAUAUUACAGUUUUUAAUGUUCCGUUGGUAGGAUAUACGUGCUUGUAGUUCGUCCGCUUUAUAAUCAAGUGAUUGUAAAUUGGCAAAUAGUAUCGAUGGCAGAGGCUGAUUAGCCACUCGUCGCCGGCUCCUUACCAGACGCCCCGAUCUCCUUCAGCGAUAUCUCUAUUUCUUUCUACUGCUAAUGAAUGGGAUAAGGGCCCUGUCGGGUGUCUGGAGCAAAUCCCUCUCGUCCGACUCAUUAAAGAAAAAGUAUUUGUCCAGUUCAAGGUGAGUAAUCGCUGUUCUGAUGUCCAGAAGCUCUUUUCGGUCAUAAGAGACGGUAGCAGCAACAUUAUGUACCAAAUAAGUUACAAACAAUGUGAAAAAACACACAAAAUAGCACGGUUGGUUAAGAGUCCAUAAAACAUAGACCUACAAAACAUAAGCCAUCUCAUAUUAUUUUCUUCUGAAAUACAUUUUCUUCAUAUCAUAAUGUUUUUUUUAGACCUGACUAAAUUAAAUAAUGGUUUUAUUGUGAUGGUGUAGCCUACAUUGAAGGCACGCAUCAGCGGCUUGUAUGGGUGGAGGCCUGUAGAUGCUAAACAUAUUAUGUUAAUUAAGGUUACAUUAGCGCGAGACCAGCAGUCGUUUGCAUGACAAGAACCUGCUGACAAAAUGUAAUGACCGCCACAGCCCUAGGCAGUCGCAAGUCACAAUAUUGUCAGUACACAUGUUUGUUUGCUGAAGUUGUUGUGGCUGCAGGCCUUUGUGUGUAACAAGCCUGUGUGUUUUCCUCCCCCUUAGCUCUGGACAGGCCUCAGGGUCUUUCUGCUGUCAACGUCACUGACACAACCGCCCAGCUGCUAUGGCAACCCACUCGGGCCACUGUCGAUGGCUACGUCAUCACCUACAGUGCAGAUUCAGGUGUGUGUGUUUCGCAAGAGUCCCAAGGCACAGAUUGCCAGGAGCUGACUUGUAUUUGUGUACAUGAUGCAUUUAUCAUUAGCCAAAGAGACACAGCACAACAGGAGUGUUGGUAGUGGUAACAUUGUUCUCUGUCCUCUGUUGUCUGCAGUGUCCCCAGUGAUGGAGCAUGUUUCUGGGAACACAGUGGAGUUUGAGAUGGGCUCUCUGGUCCCUGCCACCCACUACACAGUUGGGGUAUACGCCAUGAGGGAGGCACAGAAGAGUGGCACCACCACCACCAAAUUCACCACAGGUAGCGCUCCAAUUAGAUGUUUUAUAUAGGAGCAUUGGGUCUGAUUUUCAAUGAAAAAUCUAACUCUGUGUGUAGUAUUUUAUUGUUCACACAUUUUAUUCUGUGCAGUAUUGUAUUGUCCAUAAAUUAAAUAAUAAAGGGAAAAUCCACUCAAACACAAUCUUUUGGCAUUUUGCAUCAUUAUGAUGAUGUGGCCGGUGACAUUUUGCUUCUUGAAAGUAAAAUAUCUUAAAAACUUGACUGCUCACAUGCAAAACAUGUUGCUACUGUAUCAACAGUGGUCUAACUAAAAAAAUUCCCAAAAGAUCGCUUUUGAGGGGAUUUUCCCUUUUACAUGGGUUACAUAUCAUAUGUAACACAUGUAUAAUAUAGUGUUGUGUAUAUGAUCCUUCCACCUCCCUUUUUUGUCUGUAGAUGUGGAUUCUCCUCGUGACCUGGUGGCCAGUAAUGUCCAGACAGACAGUGCCACUCUCACUUGGAAGCCCCCGCGUGCCGCCAUCACCGGAUACGUCCUCACCUUCACCUCAUCUGACAGCACAGUCCGGGUACGUAGGUCUUUAAAUGAGUCAGCACACACUGGCUUCAAUUCAAUCAAUCACUCUUGGCUAUUUUACAGGUACAUUUUCCAAAGUGAUUUACAUUAUGAAUAAAGAUUGAAUUGAUUUGAAUACAGGAAGUGGUCUUGAGCCCUACAUCCACAUCAUACAGCAUGACUCAGCUGAGUGGCACUACCGAGUACAACGUCAGGCUACAGGCCAUCGCUGGAGCCCAGCGGAGCCACCACGCCACCACCGUCUUCACCACCAGUAAGUAGACUGCUACACAACAUUUUCUUCUCCUCACAGCUUUACAUUGGGCAGAUGUCAAAUGAUAUCCUAUUUCCUAUGUAGUGCACUGUUUUUGACAAGAGUGAGUGUGUACACGUGUCUGCCUGUGCGUGUAGCCGGAGUGUUGUACAGAUACCCUAAGGACUGCUCGCAGGCUCUGCUGAAUGGAGACACUACCUCUGGCAUCUACACCAUCUACCUGGGAGGAGACGAGAGCCAGCCCAUCCAGGUCUACUGUGACAUGACCACUGAUGGAGGCGGAUGGAUGGUGAGGAACACACACACACGCACACACACACAGGUCUAAACACCAGGUUUGAUUUGAUUUACCUUUACAUGUUUGUGAAAGCCAAAGAGACCAGGGCUUGCAUGACAGGUUCUGUGAACUCUCUUUUACAGGUGUUCCUGAGGCGCCAGAGUGGAAAGCUGGAGUUCUUUAGGAACUGGAAGAAUUACACUGGUGGCUUUGGGGAUAUUAAUGCUGAAUUCUGGUUUGGUGAGUCCACAUCUCUCCACCCCUCCUUAUGUUUCUCUUUUUAUUCAGUAUUUGUGGCACAUGCGGGAAUCAAACCACAAUCCUGGUGUUGCAUCACCAUGCUCCAACCAAUUGAGCCAUCUAAUCAAAUCAAAUCCAAUUUUUUUGGUCGCAUACACAUAUUUAGAAGAUGUUAUUACAAUUGUAACAAAAUGCUUGUGUUCCUAACUCCAGCAGUGCAGUAAUAUCUAACAAUACACAGAUCUAAAAGUAAAAUAAUGGAAUUAAGAAAUAUAUUAAUAUUAGGACGAGCAAUAUCAUAGUCCGGAGUAUAAAUAUAUAUAUAUAUAUAUAUAUAUAUAUAUAUAUAUAUAUAUAUAUAUAUAUAUAUAUAUAUAUAUAUAUAUAUAUAUAUAUAUAUGUGAUGGGAUGUAUAGACAUUAUAGACAUUAUGGACAGUAUGUGGAUAGAAUAUUUAGUAUAUCUGUAGAAUACGUAGAAUAGUGUAUAUAUACAGCAAUACUUUAAUAGGAUGGCAUUGACUAGAAUACAGUAUAUACACAUGAAAUAAGUAAAACAGUAUGUAAACAUUAUUAAAGUGACCAGUGUUCCAUUAUUAAAAUGACCCGUGAUUCCAUGUCUAUGUACAUAGGGCAGCAGCCUCUAAUGUGCAGGGUUGAGUAACCGGGUGUAGCCGGCUAGUGACAGUGACUAAGUUCAGGGCAGGGUACUGGACGGAGGCCGGCUAGUGAGUGCUAUUUAACAAUCUGAUGGCCUUGAGAUAGAAGCUGUUUUUCAGUCUCUCGGUCCCAGCUUUGCUGCACCUGUACUGACCUCGCCUUCCGGAUGAUAGCGGGUGAACAGGCCGUGGCUCGGGUGAUUGAGGUUCUUGAUUAUCUUUUUGGCCUUCCUGUGACAUCAGGUGCUGUAGGUGUCCUGGAGGGCAGGCAGUGUGCCCCCGGUGAUGCGUUGGGCAGACCGCACCACCCUCUGGAGAGCCCUGCGUUUGCGGGCAGUGCAGUUGCCAUACCAGGCAGUGAUACAGCCAGACAGGAUGCUCUCAAUGGUGCAUCUGUAAAAGUUUGUGAGGGUUUUAGGGGCCAAGCCAAUUUCUUCAGCCUCCUGAGGUUGAAGAGGCUCUGUUGCACCUUCUUCACCACACUGUCUGUGUGGGUGGAACAUUUCAGAUCGUCAGUGAUGUGUAAGCCAAGGAACUUCUCCACUGCAGCCCCGUCAAUGUGGAUGGGGUUGUGCUCCCUCUGCUGUCUCCUGAAGUCCACGAUCAGCUCCUUCAUUUUGUUGUCGUUGAGGGAGAGGUUAUUUUUCUGGCACCACUCCGCCAGGGCCCUCACCUCCUCCCUGUUGGCUGUCUCGUCGUUGUUGGUAAUCAGGCCUAUUACUGUUGUGUCGUCUGCAAACUUGAUGAUUGAGUUGGAGGCGUGCGUGGCCAUGCAGUCAUGGGUGAACAGGGAGUACAGGAAGCGGCUGAGCACGCACCCUUAUGGAGCCCCUGUGUUGAGAAUCAGCAUAGUGGAGGUGUUGUUUCCUACCUUCACUACCUGGGGGCGGCCCGUCAGGAGGUCCAGGACCCAGUUGCACAGGGUGGGGUUCAGACCCAGGGCCCCAACACAGGAACCACGGAAUGGCACUGUGAUGUCCUUUCCUGUUGUUUCAGGUCUGGCCAACCUCCACAAGAUGACAACAGCAGGCCAGUACGAGCUGCGUGUGGACCUGAGGGACAACGGGGAGUCGGCCUAUGCUCAGUAUGACAAGUUCACCAUCGCAGAACCCCGCAGCCGCUACAAGAUGCACAUAGGAGGGUUCAGCGGCACAGCAGGUAAGGACAAUGAUGAUAAUAGCUUUGUUUACUAGUGAUCCUGCAUAGAACAUAAAAUCAAAUCUGGAUUUCAUUCAACUCCAUUUAAAUAUCCCAAUACACUUUACAGUAAACUGUAUAACUCUGAUUGACCUAUUCACAUUUCUUCACACCAGUCACUGUGUGCCACUUGUUUCCUAGGUGACUCUAUGACUUAUCAUCAGGGCCGGCCCUUCUCCACGUAUGACAAUGACAAUGACAUCGCCGUCACCAACUGUGCCCUGUCCUAUAAGGGUGCCUUCUGGUACAAGAACUGCCAUCGUGUCAACCUUAUGGGGAGAUAUGGUGACGAUAGUCACAGCAAGGUACGGAUGUGUGACCUACAAAGUAUUGGCCGUCUUUCUCCUUCACAAAAUCAACGUGUGUGUGUGUGUGUGUGUGUGUGUGUAAAAAAUUUAUCCUUUUUUCAGGGUAUCAACUGGUUCCAUUGGAAGGGACACGAGCAUUCAAUACAGUUCGCCGAAAUGAAGAUUAGACCCGUCAACUUCAGAAACGUUGAAAGUCGAAGGAAAAGAUCAUAG